AUGACCGUCGAUUGAUAUUGGGAUUACGCUUUGAGCAGCCACUUUGUGAACACUAGCCUAUUAACUCCGUCACUGCUUCGGCGAUAACACUUCUGUAUAUCUGUUAUUGUUUGUUAAUUUUUGGCGCAAGGAUAUAUUUAAUAUGUGCUAAGUUUGUGGCUAAUUUAUAUUAUGUUUCUACAUUAAAGUUAUAAGAUAAGGCACAAUGGCCGCAACUACACCAGGUUUUAAGAAGUUAGCAGACGAUUCUGAGGAUUCAGAUACAGAAUACACCCCGCUGUAUGAUGACGGUGAUGAAAUAGAUCAAAGAACUGCACAAGAAACAAAAGGAUGGAAUCUAUUUCGAGAGAUUCCGGUGAAAAAGGAGAGUGGAUCUAUGGCCACAAAAAAUUGGAUAGAAACAAGCGUAAAAAUCUUAAAAGUGCUUGCCUACAUAUUGGUUUUUUGUGCAGUACUGGGUUCCGCAGUCAUAGCUAAAGGAACUCUUCUAUUUAUUACGUCACAACUGAAGAAAGACAGACAAAUUACUCACUGCAAUAGACGACUUGCUUUAGACCAACAGUUCAUAACGGUACACAGUUUAGAAGAAAGAAUAACAUGGCUAUGGGCAGCACUUAUUGUAUUCGGUGUGCCGGAGUUAGGGGUGUUUUUGAGAUCCGUCAGGAUAUGCUUCUUCAAAACUGCCAAGAAACCAACCAAAACACAGUUUAUUAUUGCUUUCAUAACAGAGACACUACAAGCAAUAGGAAUAGCAGCACUUGUAUUAAUAAUUCUACCAGAAUUAGACGCUGUGAAAGGAGCCAUGUUGAUGAACGCCAUGUGCGCUAUCCCUGCAUUGCUAAACAUUUUCACGAGAGACCGAAUGGAUUCUAAGUUUUCUAUAAAAUUGAUAUUGGAUGUAUUGGCGAUAUCGGCACAAGCCACGGCGUUUGUUGUUUGGCCUCUUAUGGAAAGAACGCCAGUUCUAUGGACCAUACCAGUUGCAUGUGUGUUAGUGUCUCUAGGCUUCUGGGAGAAUUUUGUUGACACCUACAAUAAAAGUUAUGGUGAGAUCAUUUGUAUCAAGUAUUUUACGGUGCUGCAGGAACUACGCGACAACCUCAAGAGGACUCGGUACUACACUCAGCGGGUGUUGUCUGUUUGGAAGAUUAUAGUGUUUAUGGCAUGCAUUUUAAUAUCGCUGCAUAUGCAAAAUGACAAUCCGUUUACCUUUUUCACUCACGCCAGCCAAGCCUUCGGAGAGAGACAGUAUGUCGUUAACGAGGUUCUAAUAGUAGUCCGAGAUGACGAAACCAUAGGCUAUGACGUCACCGGAGGUAUAUUCGAAUUGGACGCGAUAUGGACCUCAGCAUUGUGGGUCGCAUUAAUUCAAGUGGCAGCAGCCUACUUCUGUUUCGGAAGUGCCAAGUUUGCUUGCAAAAUUCUUAUACAAAAUUUUAGUUUCACUUUAGCAUUGACUCUCGUCGGGCCCGUGGCAAUCAACCUCCUUAUUGCUUUCUGCGGAAUGAGAAAUGCAGACCCUUGCGCUUUCCAUAGAACUAUACCUGACAAUUUGUUUUACGAGAUACCACCUGGUAAGCACUAUUAGCUAUAGCAUAUAAUC